AUGAUGGAGACGGGCUACGACAUCCUGUUCUUCUGGGUAGCCCGCAUGGUGAUGAUGGGACUCACUCUCACAGACAAGGCUCCCUUCAAGGAGAUCUACCUUCAUGGCUUAGUCAGGGACGAGAAGGGCCAGAAGAUGAGCAAGACGAAAGGCCCGUUCCUGGGAGCAAGGGUCGAUGCGCCGCUGGGCAUGACUGCAAUG